AUGGAUUGGGCCAAUAGAAAUACCAAGUGGUCACAGAGAGAACGUGUGCAACAAGUUUCUGAUGAUGUUCUCGCUGAAAAGGUGUACUCGUCAAAAAGAACAAGAGCAGGAUACUUGGGAGCUGUUACUCGUGUUCGUGGCAAAAUUGAAACUCUAUUAAACGACCCAACUAAUGCCGAGACUGUUAGAACACUUUCCCAGCAGUAUGAUAAUUCAUGGAAAACAUUUGUGGAGUCACAUAACUACUACGUAUCUAUACUUGGCUCAGACAGCCAAGAGUUCUACCAUACCCUUCAACAGUUUGACCAGUUACACCUUGAAAAGAUUGCCUUUGUUCAGAAAAUCUCUGGAUACCUACUUGAUGCCGCAACCUAUUUUAAUGAGAUAAUCAUGGAUAACUCACACUUGCGAAGAGAACACAUAUCACCAUAUACUGAAAGUGUGGAGUCCUAUAGAUCUAAUAGUUCCAGAGGAUCGAAGCAUUCUUCAAGCUCAGUAGUACUGGAAAAAAGAGCGCAAGCUGUAAAGGCAAAUGUAGCUUUACGCUUGGCAGAGCAAGAGCAGUGGCGAAGACUUGAAGGUGAAAUAAAGCUUUUGGAGAUCGAAAAGAAGCACAGAGAACUAUUAAGACAACAAAAGAUGGAAAAGGAAGAGAUUGAAAGGACCCAAAGAUUGGAAACCUUAAGACAACAGUCUGAAAGAGAGCUUGCUGAAGCCCGACAAAGGGCAGCACUUAUGGACUUAGAAGCUGAAUUGGAAGAACAGAUGGAGGAACAGGGGGAAAUUGAUAUGAGCCUUGCCACACAAGAUCAAGAGGAUAUUCCAACUGGUGCUGAUCAGUUCACUGGUGAUAUUCCAAGACCUCUCUUAUAUGAGGAUUUCUUAUUUGAAGAUGAACCACAUCCCACUAUGAGAAACAACUCACUGAACCCAGAUCUUUCUGCCAAACCACUUUAUUCAACACCGGUUAUAACAGCUUCAUCUCCAUGGAAACAGUGGACAGGCAAUUCAAGUGCAAGUUUAUUGAGGAACAUUAAUCCAUUUGCAACGUCGGCUCCAAUGAAUGCAACAAGUAUUGGUCGACCAACACAUAUUAGUGAUGAGGCACCAAUGCCUUUUGAUAACCAACAAAAUAUUUACCACUCAAGACUUGAUAAUCUCUACCCACACACCAACUCUGCAUGUUACAGAGAUAGACUCUCAAUACCUACCUUCAACUAUACCCCAACUGGUGUACCCCCGGUCAGAUGGACCUCUGCUAGCAAUGUUGCUGACCAGUCUUUAAAUUCAAAUGAUGGUGAACUACCAUUUUCUGAAGUGGAACACAGAACACCUUUACUUGUGAACAAGCCAACCUGUUCGCCUUUGGAACCUCCACCGAGACGUACGAGCGUAAGUAACUCACCCCAAGAUGGCGUCCUGACUAUGGUAGCAUCUGCAAUGCAAAGCAUAUCAUCUGUCCAGCAGAAAUUAGCCUCCAACCAAAGCCUCCCAGCCAUCAAGCUUGACAAAUUCUCUGGUUCUCCAGAACAUUUUCCUCUUUUUAAGCAGAGAUUUGAAAGACGCAUAAUGUCAAGACAAGACUUUGAUGAUGGAGAGAAGAUGCUGCGACUAUUGCAAUUUCUGGACGGUGAGGCGAAAGAAGCAGUUGCAAGUCUCGAGGCAGUUGAUGGCGGCAUACAUGAGGCACUAAAAAUUCUACAGAAGAGGUAUGGUCGUACAUGCGUAAUUGUGAGUUCAAUUGUGGAUGGCCUGGUAAAGGGACCUGUUAUUCCAAAUGGUGACAAAACUGCACUUCGAAAGUUCGCAGAUAAAACCGCAAGAGCUUUGGCUACAUUGAAGUCCCUGAACUGUUUGCAUGAGAUAAAUCAAGGAAAUCUGGUGGAGAUGGCAGGUCGACUGCCGAAACAUCUACAACAAAGAUUCGCGGGUUUGGCAAGCAAAUUGGAAGAAAAGGAUCAACGUUUCCCAACAUUAAGCGACUUUUCCAUAUUCGUUGACAAAUGGGCAAACAUUGCAAACCACCCUAUGAAUGCCAGCAAGGGGAAAACCCAGGAAAGCGACCUCUUGAAGGGAUACAAAAGGAAGAAGGAAGAUCUACUGCCAAUAUAUACGAUGGCCACAGGUGUUAAGGACGAUCAAAAUUCCUCGGGCAAGAGAGGACCUCAAGAAACACCUUGUCCUUGCUGCUCCCAGGCACACCCGCUACACCGCUGCAACCUUUUCAAGGAGAAAACACAUGCCCAGAGGAACAAGUUCGUAAAAGUUAAAGGUCUCUGUUAUAACUGUCUAAAGAAUAGUCCAGUUCUACAAUCUGGUAUCACAGUUAAACAUAUUGCCAAGUGUUGCCCGAGCAAAUUCAAGUGCAGAAUUGAAGGAUGUGGCGCUUCACAUCACACGUUGUUGCAUAUACCAAACCAGCAGAAGAAAGAGAGCAAUCAAGAUUCUGCUCAAAAGGACGGCAGUGAUUUGCAAGCCGGCGCUGUCAAUACGGCUUUUCUGCAGGAUUCUGAUGCUGUUCUGCUACAAGUUGUACCUAUACGUGUUUUUGGAAAACUGGGGAAAGUCGUGACCACAUAUGCCAUGCUCGACUCGGGAUCAGAGAUAACCCUAGUGGACCCCUCACUAGCAUCAUCUUUGGAUUUAGAUGGACAACCUGAUGAAUUGGUCGUAUCAACAGUGAGCAACGACAGUGAUAUUCAACAUGGUUAUCGGGUCAAUCUUUCAGUUGAAUCCCUUAUCGACAAUGAACCACAGCGCUUGGAGCUGAGAAGUGCUUGGUGUGGCAGAGAUUUGAAGAUACCAUUACGUCAUCAACUUAUGCGAAGCAACAAAUUGGUGUUUUGA